UUGUCUUUACUCUUUAAAGUCAUUGUGUUAACGCGCCUGCGCUGAGGAGAGAAUCAUAUGUGAUUCGCCAUCAAGGAAAUGUGCGUGUUAUUAUGUGUGUAUUGCGAGAAGAACAAAUAUUUUCAAAGAAAACUCUUCGUUGAAAUUCAGCACGUUUAAAAUGCGUUCUGUUGAAGAGUUGGGAACAAAUGUCCCCGCUUUUCUGGCCAAAUUAUGGAAUAUAGUUGAAGAUCCAGAAACUAACGACCUGAUAUGUUGGAGUCCGGCUGGAACAAGUUUCUUCAUUAGAAACCAGGCUCGUUUCUCCAGAGAACUUUUGCCCCUGUAUUAUAAGCACAACAAUAUGGCCAGUUUUGUGAGGCAACUAAAUAUGUAUGGCUUCCACAAAGUUGUGUCAAUUGAAUGCGGUGGGCUUAGAGUAGACAAGGAUGAGAUGGAAUUUGCUCAUCAGUGUUUCCUAAUGGGACAUCCAUAUCUCCUACAGCAUAUCAAAAGAAAGAUACCUACAAGUAAGAUAGAGGAAGGAUGUACUAAUUCAAAACCAGAGUUGAUGAACAAGGUUCUGGCUGAUGUAAAAAUCAUGAAGGGACGGCAAGACACUUUAGAUUCACAACUUAAUGCUAUGAAACGAGAAAAUGAAGUUCUAUGGCGUGAAGUUGCCAUCCUCCGACAGAAACACAGGAAGCAACAGCAGAUUGUCAACAAGUUGAUACAGUUUUUGGUAACAAUGGUACAGUCUUCAAGGAAUGGAGGAAUUGGUGUCAAAAGGCAUUACCCUUUAAUGCUGAAUGAUACUUCACAUCGCCCCAGCAAAAUCUCCCAACUUAGUGCAGAGCUUUCUAAUCUGAAUUCUAACCUUAUUACUCACUCUCCAACUGGACCAGUGAUCCAUGAACUAGAUGCACCAGAGCUGCUUGAAGGCUGUGAAGCAAAUCCAGGGGAAAUUCCCACAGCGGAGCCAUUUCUUCCAUCAGAUUUUUGCAGUAUUGUGAUAACUGAUGAUGCUGAGAAGCAAAAUUCUACUGCCUGUUUAAAACCUAAUGAACAACUGCCAGGCAAUUCUGAUUGUGUUACCAUUAUCCCAGACACAGAAGUACUUUUAGAAGUGGCAGAAGAAUGCCCAUUAAGUCCUAGCUUGUUGUUAACUGCUUCACCCAUGGAUGUUAAUUCAGUCAUUGGCAUACCAAAGUUAUCCAAGUUUAAGGGUAGGGCAAGAGUGAACAGUAAUGAGAAUAAGAAGAGAAGGUCAAAAAUAAUUAAUUCAGAUGCCAAAAAAUCUGUUGGUGCUGAUUCAGUAACUCCAGACACAUAUACCAAAGCGUUGUCCACUGCAGCUGAAGGAGGAAUUGAUUUUCUAGAUGUGGUUAUGCCUACAACAGUUGAGAUUCUUGAAAAAGAUACAAAUAAUGAAGCUGAAAUUGAUGUAGAAGUUGGUGAAGAUUUAUUGAAUCCUGAUCGUUUGGCAGCUGCUACAGAUGUAGCAAUAUCUGGCAUCACUAGUGUGGCAGCAGCAGGCGAAGACAAGUCGUACACACCUGUGGAUUCAUUAGUCAGCGCUGUUUCUAGAUCUUCAUUUGAUGAAGUUUUACCAGUAUCAGAUGUCACAAAUAGCAAAUGUGCCAGUACAUAUCUUGUUGACAGUGCUGUGUUAGGCAAUGAUGCCAGUAGCAGUGCAAAGCUCAAUACCAGUGACUUGAUGGGAUUUAAGCAAAAAGCUUCAACUUCCCAUGAUGAGGAUGGAUCACCAUCUAAUAUGGUUCUAGCCUGUACUGGCGUUAAUUCUGAAGAAAAUUGUAUGGACGGGAGUGAACUGGAUUCUCAUGUGGACUGUAUGCAAAAUGAUCUGGACAGCCUGAGGGAACUUCUUAAAGGCGAAGGUUAUAGUUUGGAUGCCAACACUUUGUUGGGGGUAUGUGCUUCUAUACCUGCCUUCGAACAAGACUUCUUGAAGCUGUUUGGUGAGGAUCCAUUCUCUGCAACAUCAUUUGAGAACCUGACUGGAGAUCGUGAUAUGCAAGUCACUAGUGGUACCUGAGUGCAGUGAGGCUACAACUUACCUGUGGUAAACUUGUAUAUAAGACACUAUUGCAUAGAUCUAGACAUUGCCAUAUAUGCCUUUUGUAAAUGUCACUGUUAACAGUAACAAUGUUAUAAUCCAUAUAUGACUAAUAAUUUUUUCUCUUCAAAUUACUGUUUGUUAUGAAUGUAUUCUUCAGAAAACAAAACUUAUUAAUGCUACAUUUAGAGAAACUACUAAAUAUGAAUGUGACAUCUUUAGAAAGUUAUCAGAACUAGUAUUUCUCCAUAUUUGUUAGUAAAUAUGAAAAUAUUGUUACUGCUUGUGUACUUCGUAAUGCAUUUAUUCGUUGUAUUCCUUGUGUUAUUUUGAAUCUCAUUGGUGAAGAGGUAUGUUGAUCUGUUUCUCAUGAUGAAAUGAAUCCUAAUAAAUAAUCUAAAGGCCUUUCAUUGCCCUGACCACACUCAAUUGGCAGAAAGAAUUACACUAUUAUUUUUGGCAGUCAGGAGAAGUCAGAGUACUAAAACAGAAGAUGAUAACCAUGUCAUAGUUAAGGAAGUUAGUUGCUGGCCUGUUACCUUGGAGGACCAUGUUCACACAGGGCAGUCCUUGUGUGGUUUUUGGUGGACAAAGUGGCACUGUAACAGGUUUUUCAGUCAGUAUCAUUCCACUGCUGCUUCAUAUUUACUCAUGUAUAAUCUGUGGGAUGGACAGUGGGCCCCAUAGCAGCAGUAGUACUAUUGAGACUGUCUUGCCUAUUGCAGGAGUAGCACUGAGCUAGAAGAUGUGCUUCACCCAGUAACAAUUUAGUCUCAUGCCGUGAAUUCCAUGUAGAAAGGUCCUGCUGUGUGUUUAACAUCUUUCUUCAUUUUAUUGCUUUUUCUUCUGUGGCUGUUAAAUUUUUUAAAGUAGCAUGCUUCUUAUAAUUUUUUUGAAUGUUCAGUGACAGAUUUUUGUAGCUGUUCUGCUGUCAGUAUUCUGUCUAAUUGUGCACAAAGUGUACACGCACAUUUUUAGAUUUUUUUCAUUUGGUAAUUGUAAUUUUACCAUAUGCCUAUACACAGUACAAGGAUUCUUGAUAUAAUCCAGCAUCCUUGAGUUUGCUUUCACCUAUGUUUACAGUCUGCUUUAUAUGUUAAAAGGUAAUAUAUAGCUGAAUUUUCAUCAUUGUUACUGAGGUCUUCUUAACCAGGAAAUGUGGAAGAAUAUUUAUUUUGAUGUAUGAGUGGGAAUGGUAUUUGAUGUUUGUUAGCCAUAAGGACCCAGAUACAUAUUACCAGCUUCUGCUGUAGGUGUCAUUUCAGAUCUCACAAUAUAACUAAUAUAUGCCAGCAUGAGAACACUCGUGUAAAAUAAGCACUGACGUGAGUUUCCGUACAAUGACGUAUGUUUCCUUAAAAUAUGUUGAUAAAUGAAAAUUAUUUAUUUCACAUUUUAAAUCAGCUUCACAAAGUGUGAUACAGAGGCUAUAUGGAUAAACAUGAAAAUUGUAUCAAUAAAGACAGUUUUGUUAAUACUGGAUAUUUUGUAGUGAAUUUUGUUGUAAGACUACAGUUUAUAUUGUACUGAUAUGGUGAAGAAUAAGAGAACAGAAAAAGUAAAUUCUGAAAGUCUAUGAUAGGCAGAACAUUGAUGAUAACCAGAACAUACCUUUAACAGUCUAACCUUAAUUUUCCUUUUCUUUAAUCAGUUUACCUGAGUGAAGAACAGAAUUUGAAAACAAUGUUGAGAAUAUGUAAUCUGCUGUAUAAGAAGUGCUCUAAUUAGGGACCUGAGAAAUUUUUGUAACAAGGAUGAUUAUAGUUUGUGCUUUUUAUUUAAUAUUGUUGGAUAAAUAAAGCAGAGAGACUGAGAUAUGAAAGACAUUACGGAACCCAGAUAUUUGUAUAACGUGAUGGUAAGAGGUCAUAUUGGAAGGUCAAGGAAAAGAUGUGAGGAUAAAAUUCAUCUAGGGGGAAAAAUACCAGUAGGUUGUGAGGAUGUGAACUGACUGCUGGCUCAGGCCAGUGUCUGGUAAUGGUAUCUUGUAUUAACACUGAUGAACUCUUAGGUUGCAUCCAACAAGGACGUUUUUGACAAGCUGAAUGAUAAGUUGCAUGAAGAGUCAUGUACGUACUGGAGAGACUGGAUUCAGAACUAUGGAUUUUAUUUUGUCAUGUUGAUUCCUCCCAUAUUUCAGUCUAGGCUGAAGGUCAGUAUACAGUUUUAGUGGCCUCAUGUUAAGUGAAAAUAUGAAUAUUUGUAACUGUUGAGGGAGCAUUUGUGAAAAAAUCACAGUCUGCUGUUUUCAUGGAGUUGAUUUGAGGUGAGAUACAACAUUGGGGGAUUAUUGUAAGUAACAUCAGCUAUUACAGUUACUAAUGUUUUUUUCUGUGGCUGAUCUAUAUCCUGCUGUAGUCAUUGAAUAUUUGUGUUUUCAGUAAUUGGCCUUGUCUUAUUUCCAUGUUUUUUUUUGUAUACAUUGGUAAGUUAUAAAAUAUACUUAAUUUAAAUAUCAUUGAUUACUGUGAAAUAACUAAAUCCAUGUGAUUUUGCAAGUGGUAUACAUUUUCUGUGAAUUUCAUUUUUUCAUGUGCAACAGGUAAUGGAUCUUCAUUUAAAUUAAUUAAUGCAUAAUUGAAAUACAACAGUUUGAUCUUAUGUUCAUUUAUUGUUAUACUAAUUCUAAUAAAUGUGUAGAGACUGAAGCUGACCUCCAGAAUGGAAAAUUACAAACGAAUGCAAUAAAUUUCUUAGUCCAAUGAAAUACAGUAUGGUUACUGGGUUUAACCUCACCAGUGAAUUGCUGAUGGUUAAGACUGCUUGUCCUUUGAAUUUGAAUUCAGACUGGGAAUUUUCUUUGUGCAUCGUGUUUCAUUGUACAUAUGUGUAUGAGUUAUGUUGUAAAUCUUAGUUUACUGUUAUUUAUUUUCUGUAUGUCAUUUUCUCCUAAAGAACAGUUAAUUUUUUGAAUAAAGCAAUUGACCACUC